AUGGAGGCACUGGCCGAGCUGCUGGCCGCGCUCCCCGCGCUGGCCACCGCGCUGGCGUUGCUGCUCGCCUGGCUGCUGCUGCGGCGCAGACCGGCCGCGAGCUCGGACCCCGCCGGCGCGCCCCCGGAGCACGCGCCCCCGGCCGAGGCCAGCGGGCCCUCCGCGCAGCCCGGCCUCGGAGCCCCGGAGCCGGCGGCCGCGCCCGAGGAGCAGGGGGAGCCCGCGGAGCCCGCGGAGGCGGAGGCGGAGCAGGCCUCCGAGGAGAGGCAGGAAGAUGAGCCAGAGCAGGACGGCGAGGAGGACUCACCCCCAGCAGAGCCUGAGGAAGAAGACGGAGAGCCCUUCUUCAAGUACAGCCCCGGGAAGCUGCGGGGGAACCAGUACAAGAAGAUGCUGACCAAGGAGGAGCUGGAGGAGGAGCAGAGGGUUCAGAAGCAGCAGCUGGCGGCCAUCUUCAAGCUCAUGGAGGACAACAAGGACACGUUCGGCGAGAUGUCCGAGGGCGAUGUGCAGGAGCAGCUCCGGCUCUACGACAUGUAGGCGGGCAGCCGCGGCCUA